AUUCGACAGCUUAAGAAUAUGAAUGGCUUCCCGGCUUUAGCUCAAGGUGAUCAUGCAUCCCUACUUGACGUCGUCCUCUACUUCUUUCGGGCCUAGUCGAAUUGAACCAUUGCUACUUGGUAGUGUUACUAAUUCUCAAUUUUCUCGAUAAAAUGCCCUUUCGAAGAACAUCAAAGAAAUUUUCUUUAUCCUUCGGCCGAUUUUUUAUCUUUCCAAACCUGCAAAAGAGACCUCAACUUGGGCUUGGGGAUUCAUAUUCUCUCUUCUAGUUCGGCUCCAUUUUACUGCAACCUUCAGACCUCGUCGCAAUCUAGGUAAUCAGAAUGAUGAGUGCAAAACCCAAGAGGAGAAUUGUAGCGGAGAAUGGGGAUACAACCGGUGAAGACUUGGUCCUCGCAACUUUGAUUGGGAAUGGAGAGGAUCUGGGUCCUAUGGUCAAGCAUGCCUUUGAGACGGGGAGGCCUGAAACCCUCCUUCACCAACUCAAGAUUGUAGCCAAGAAGAAGGAAGUUGAAAUUGAGGAACUCUGUAAGCUCCAUUAUGAGGAAUUCAUUCUUGCAGUUGAUGAGCUCCGUGGUGUGCUGGUCGAUGCUGAGGAGCUUAAGAGUGAACUCGCUAGCGAUAAUUUUCGUGUACAAGAGGUUGGGACUGCUCUUCUUCUCAAACUCGAGGAUCUCCUCGAAUCUUACUCAAUCAAGAAGAAUGUAGCUGAUGCCAUUCAAAUGUCGAGAAAUUGUGUUCAAGUAUUGGAUCUAUGCGUCAAGUGUAACAGUCACAUUUCUGAGGGUCGGUUUUACCCUGCUCUAAAAACCAUUGAUCUGAUUGAGAAAACUUAUUCACUAAAUAUUCCUGUAAAGGCUCUUAGGGUACUCAUCGAGAAGAGAAUACCAGUAAUAAAAUUACACAUUGAGAAAAAGGUCACCAGUCUAGUUAAUGAAUGGCUAGUUCACAUUAGAAGCACUGCAAAGGAAAUCGGACAAACGGCCAUAGGAUAUGCCGCUUCAGCCAGGCAGAGAGAUGAGGACAUGCUAGCUCGACAAAGAAAAGCCGAGGAGCAGAGUUGUUCAGGGUUUGGAGAUAUUAUAUACACUUUAGAUGUUGAAGAUAUUGACGAAGAUUCUAUUCUGAAGUUUGAUCUCACACCCCUUUACCGGGCGUAUCACAUACACGCUUGCCUAGGGCUCCAAGAGCAGUUUCGCAAGUACUAUUACAAGAACCGAUUAUUGCAGCUAAGUUCAGACUUGCAAAUAUCUUCAGCACUAUCGUUUCUUGAAUCCCAUCAAACCUUUCUAGCACAAAUCGCAGGGUAUUUUAUAGUGGAGGAUAGAGUCUUAAGGACUGCUGGCGGGCUAUUGUUGCCUAAUCAGGUUGAGACCAUGUGGGAAACAGCUGUUGCUAAAGUGACCGCGGUGUUGGAGGAACAAUUUUCGCAUAUGGAUUCUGCAAGCCAUCUUCUCCUGGUUAAGGAUUAUUUGACUCUUCUUGGAACAACACUUAGACAAUAUGGUUACGAAGUGAGCCCAAUUCUUGAUACCCUCAACACUAGCCAUGGAAAGUACCACAACCUUCUUUUGGCAGAGUGUAGGCAACAAAUCACUGAUGUCCUUUCCAAUGAUACAUUUGAGCAAAUGGUAAUGAAAAAGGAGUCAGACUACCAAACAAAUGUCCUGAUGUUCCAUCUUCAAGGCUCAGAUAUAAUGCCUGCUUUCCCAUAUAUUGCACCCUUCUCUUGCAUGGUACCCGAUUGCUGCCGCAUUGUUAGAUCAUUCAUAAAGGACUCAGUCAACUACUUGUCUUAUGGGAACCAAAUGAAUGUCUUCAAUUUUGUUAGGAAGUAUUUGGAUAAGCUCUUGAUUGAUGUUUUGAAUGAAGCUAUUCUCAAUACUAUUCACAGUGGCACCACAGGUGUCUCUCGAGCAAUGCAGAUCGCUGCAAACAUAGCUGUUCUCGAAAGAGCUUGCGAUUUUUUCCUACAACAGGCUGCCCAGCAAUGUGGGAUCCCCAUCCGAUCGGUUGAAAGGCCCCAGGCUAGUUUAACGGCAAAGGUGGUACUUAAGACAUCCAGAGAUGCAGCUUAUCUCGCUAUGCUCAAUUUGGUGAACUCCAAGUUGGAUGAGUUUAUGGCUCUUACCGAAAAUGUGAAUUGGACUCCGGACGAUACGCCACCAAAUGCACAUGACUACAUAAAUGAGGUGGUUAUUUACCUUGACUCUGUUAUGUCAACCGCACAGCAAAUUCUACCCCUGGAUGCUUUCUUUAAGGUUGGGAGUGGAGCUCUUGAGCACAUUUCCAACUCCAUUGUGGCUGCUUUUCUUAGUGAUAGUGUGAAGAGGUUCAGUGCUAAUGCAGUUAUGGGAAUCAACAAUGAUCUCAAGGCAUUAGAAUCUUUUGCGGAUGAGAGGUUUCACAGUGCUGGAUUGAGUGAGAUAUACAAGGAAGGUAGUUUUCGUGGGUGCUUGAUUGAAGCAAGGCAAUUGUUAAACCUUCUGAUGAGCAGUCAGCCUGAGAACUUCAUGAAUCCUGUUAUAAGGGAGAAGAACUACAAUACCUUGGACUACAAGAAGGUGGCUACUAUAUGUGAGAAGUUCAAGGAUUCUCCUGACAGGCUCUUUGGAAGUCUUUCAAGCAGAAAUACCAAACAAAGUUCUCGCAAGAAGUCAAUGGACGUCCUGAAAAAAAGACUCAGGGAUUUCAACUAAGACAGGUUGCAGAUUCAUUAGAUUUUUUUCCAGAAAGUUGGCGCUUUUUGGUUAGUGUUGCAUCAUUUUUUCGUCAAAUUUGUUACGGUUGCAUUUCGCAAUUUGUUCUUGAGUUUUUUGAGUUGGUACGAAAGUUUCUUGUUUUAAAUGCGUGAACCUUAUUAUUUACAUUGAGGUCAGACUAAUAAGCUCAAUGAAGGUGCCAGUGGCAUUCAACUGAGUGCUUAGAGCUUUAGGUACACAGCUGCUACAUUACGUGUGUAAUGAUAUGGUUACUCUCUAAUCCACUAUGGUCUAAGCUUCUGUGUAUAUGCCGACUGUUGCUUUAUUACAUAGUAUUCUGGAAAUAGAUUUCUGGGUUUGGUUCACGAUCUUUUGUCAAUCGAGGAACAAAAAACUGCAAUCUGCAAUUUUUGGGCUGUUUUAUUGCAGCAGCAGUGCGUUAGCACUACAUUAAACUGGAACUCUGUCACAUUGGUUUGAUCCAUUCUAAAAGAGCAAUAAUUAUUUAAUGCUCAGACCUGCAGCUUUUGUCAAUUGCGUCUAAAAGUAUCGUUCAUCGUCGUUCUACUAGUUGGUGCAUCCUGAUUGAUGCUUCCCUUCAGCACUAUUCUUAUUUGGUGUUACUGUUGAAUCAAACGCAUUAACAUUGAUGACCCAUUACCAUUAUUCAUAUUUGCAGCACAUCCAAAUGGUAAUCCUCUAGUGCAUCUUUUCUUGCUUUGGACAAGUUCUUGUUAUAUGUGGUAUUGCCAUAUUGGAUAGAGCCCAAGGCUAGGUGAUGUUAAUCAGAACGUGUUACAAUUGGAGUAGACAUCUUGCACCUUGUCAUUGGCUAUGCUUGUUCUAUGAGGGGCAUUUCCCUACAUAAUGCAUGUGGGGUUGCUGACACAUGUAGUUUUGUUAGUUUAAGCAAAUUGACAUUUGGUGUAUGUGCCAGCUACUGAAUCUGUUUCGCUUGUAAGUCUUUUUUGUUUUGUGUCAUUGCGACAAAAUAGUUUUCGAAGAGUUGGGUAUGUGGAAGUUGUUCCAACAAUAUUCAAUUACGUAUAGCAACUACGCUGCUUGGAGUUUGCUAACUGAGGGAUAUGAUGCUCUUAGUGCCUUAUUGUUCUGCUGGCAUGAUGUUGAGAAAUCUAAGUGGGUUUUCCUUAGCAAAAUUCUGCUACUGAUCUUCAUGUUUUAGUUGAUACAGAUUACCGAAACAGAAUUAUCAAAAUUUUCUCGUGGACCUUUUCGAACUUGAAGUUUGGUGUGUUCAUUGUUGUUACUUUGUGCUUAAUGAUUUCACUUAGUUGGUCCUGCUUUGUCUAGAUUUGCAAUGUACGAUUUUCUUGGUUUAUGGAGUCUGAACUUUAAUCAGUGUUCUAUCACCGAAAUUUCUCCGGUAGGUUUAGCUGUUCAGUGAAGUUGAGCAAACAUUGGACAGUACAAUGACAGCAAAAGGAUUUGGUUAGUAAGGCAGGAUUUAUGUCACUCAAGUGCUUUUUUUUUUUCCUAAUAAUAUUAUUUUCAGCUAAGGCAUUCUGGAAGCAAACAGGAAUAUGCUUACUAGGCGUCUGUGAUAGGUAUGAUGCCUACACUAGAGAGUUUGUUAUUCCACUGAGCAUACACACGUAGUUCGUUAAAGAAAACGGUGUUUCUUGAUUAGUGUGGACAAUGGUGAAGCUUUCACAUGUUUGUUAGCUUAGCUCUGUCUGUUUCUUUUUGGUAUGUAACGUUUGUUUCUCUGUGAAGUAAUUAACUGCGAAUGGGAAUAAUUGGUUUAUUUGAUUCUUUUGUUGGUGUAUACUAAUCUAUUUCGUGUGAUUGAGUUUUCUUUUUGAUGUCACUAGGCAUCUAAAUAUAUGUUUGGAGUGAAAAUCCUAUAUUUGAGCAUGGCUGCAUGACCAAACAAGACCUGGACUACGCUCAUUGAUGAUUGUAAGAUGCAUUGGUAUCUGUCGUGAGAAUUUUUAUAUAUAAAAUGAAUGCUAGUAAAGGGUGUGUGCAUUUUAUUGUAGUACUUUUGUUUGUAACUUUUUAGAUUUGUCUAUAUCAUUCAGUGUUUGGUAUUUUUGUUCUUCACCUCUGAACAAACUUGACUUUAGAUUGGUAGAUAUAGUAGUUAAGAGGAGUAUAUGGAUUCUGUGAUUGAAGAAAACCAGGGUCAUCUCGUUCAAAUCAUUGAUCCGGUACUAGAUGUAGCCUUUCCGGCGGACAAGAUGCCUUCUAGGAACUCCAACUGGUUAAAGGGACUUGUAGCCUUCAAGUAUAAUCCAAAUUUAUGUUUAUUAUCAAAAAAAUUAAAGAAACCCUUUGGUCCCACUUCUCAACGCAUUCAUAGCCAUUUGCAAGCUGAUAGGGUUGAGAAAUUAGUAAUCAAGUUCUCUGUUUUGACAUCUCAAGGAGGGUCAUAGUUUGAGAUAUCAAUUAGGAAGAUGGAAAA